AUGGCAACUUCACACAUAAAUGAAAGUGUUAUCUUGGAAGAAGUUAUGAGUACACAUGAUCCUGAUGGCAAAGAAAAUUUUAAAAUUAAUGUUAUCUUCGAUUUGGUGAAGAGCAUUCUUUAUCCUACCAUGAUUGGAGAUAGCAUUGAUGAAGAUGAAGAUUCUGAUAAGGAAGAGUCUAACAUGUCUGAUGAGGAAAACUCUAAUGGCGACAAUUCUGACAAGUCUAAUGAGGAAGACUCUAAUGGUCACAAGUCUGAUGAGGAAGACUCUACUGGUGACGAGUCUGAUGAGGAAGACUCAAAUGGCGACGAGUCUGAUGAGAAAGACUCUAAUGGCGACAAAUCUGAUGAGAAAGACUCUAAUGGCAAUAAGUCUGAUGAGAGAGACUCAAAUGGCGACGAGUCUGAUGAUGACAAAAUGUCUAAUGAUGAGAAGGAAUUUGACAGCCAGGGGCAAUAUGCUAAAGACAUGGAACUUCCCUUUCAAUUAAAACGGUUUUCCUUUGAGGUAAUUCUCUAA